AUGCGCGACGACCGUUCAGUCACGCCUCCCCCUAUACGACCGCCCUCGCCAACAUACCUCUCACUAGCGGCGCAAGCACCGUCGUGCAUCGAUGAGCCAUCUGCCUCCAAGAAGCUUCUUGUGCUGGAUCUCAAUGGCACUCUACUCCACCGCUCCCCGCAUAAUCCGCGACCGAAGACCAGGCACCAGCAGCUCCAAGAGGAUCGCCCGCGCGACGAGCAGGGAAACUGGCUGCCGCGCUUGCGGCCGGUGCACCCCCGACCGUACAUGCGCGCAUUCAGAUCCUACCUCUUCACGCCUCAGACUAGUGCGUGGCUGGAUGUGAUGGUUUGGUCGUCCGCUCAGCCACAUAGCGUUGGAGAUAUGGUGGAUAGGUGCUUUGGCGAAGAGAAAGAGAAGCUGCUUGUCAUUUGGGCUCGCGACACGCUCGGCCUAUCCAGCGAUCACUAUCAUCGCAAAGUGCAGACUGUGAAGGAUCUGGCGAAGCCAUGGGGGUUUCUCUCGCAGCAAAGCGCGCAUAUACCCUCCUCACCGCACUCCUCCAUCGCCAGCACUCCCCGUACAUCGCCAGAACCGUCCAGCCCGACGCGUCCGAGCGAUGACAACAUAUCGAUCACUCCUCAAGCGCACUCUGCGCUCACAACGCUCCUGUUAGACGACUCUCCUCGCAAAGCCGAGUUGCAACCAUACAAUCACGUGUGUAUUGGCGAGUACUCCGGAGAACGACGCGCGAAGGACCUCGAGAGUCUGCAGAAAGAGCAAGAGUGGCAGACCGCCGUCGACGCGCGCCAACAACUGGAUGCGCAAAUGGCUGAGGUCCCAUCGUCAACUUCCAAUCAUCAACUCCUUGCUCCGGAGGACUCUCCUACGGCACUUGUUCCGAAAGACGACGCGGAGCCGAUUCCGGACGGUGAUGGAUUGGAUGAUGGGGCAUCUGCCGCAGCUGAGACGUCGAAGAAACGCAAACGGAAGGAGAAGAAGCUCCAGAAACGUGCCGCGCUCCUGGAACAGUUGGAGGCUGGUGGAAAGCCGCAAGGGUCGUACGACGAGACGCUGCUUGCAGUCAUCGGUGUCUUGGACGAGAUCAAGUCGCAAGCAAACGUCGCAGCUUGGAUACGCUCGGGCGGACUUUGGGGGCCAGUUGGACCACCGGAGGCACGCUCGCCGAACGGCAAGGCGCGAGGUAGAGGACGUGGCAGUCCUGCGGGCCAACCUAGCUCGAAGAACACAUCUGCACAAGAGGAGGCUGCUGUGCAGUCAGACGGUAGCGACCUAUCUGUCAAGAACGCGUCGACGGCCGCAUCUGCCGUGCAGCCCGCCGACGAAGAAACGGACAAGCUCCGGAAGCGGAAGAAGAAACGGCAGCGCAUGCGCGAUUCAACUGGGGACCAGGAAGCACAAACUGCGGAGUUUGUGGAUGUGGGUAAUGACGAAGAGACUGCGGCGCCGGUCCCAUCUUCCCCGGCACAGAGUACAGCUAUAGAGAAGACGGAGACGCCUCAGGUGAUGUGGUUCGAAGACGAGCAGGUGCUGAACCACUGGGCGACUCGUGGUCGGAAGGCACUGGAUGAGCUCGAGAUCCCGGCUGAGCAUGGAAUAGAACGUUAGACUGUCGCUGUUCGCAUGUAUACAUGAUAUCCGAUAGCUUUGCAAAUUGCUGUUCAAUUCCCCUUCU